CCAGACACCUGACGGGACACUCCUGAGGGAGACGUGCUCAGAGUGGAUUCCCAGCACAUGAGAGGAAAAGACAAACUUAUGCAACACGGUGUGACACAAUCCUAACCUGUAACAGCACGAAGGGGACAGUCCAUAUAUGGGCAAACAGAUGUGGCUGGAGGCGGGGCUACACCUCUAUAGCGGUGUUCCUGGAGGUCUAACGGGAGUACAAGUCAGUGACUGAUUAACUCACACACUGUCUCACACACACAGACUCACACACACUCAGACAGACAAACACACAGACUCACACACACUCAGACAGUGCAGCAGAAUGCCACAGUGGAGAGGACUGAUGGAGCACAGGGAGGAGUGUAACAGGGCCGUGCUGGUGUCCGUGGCUCAGUACGACCCCGGGGUGCCGCUGGUCAGGAGACCCGGAGCCAAUAAAGACACCAAGAAGCUCCACCACACCCUCAGCAAGCUGGGCUUCAAGGUGGAGCUCCUGCUGGACCCCAGCAGUGACGAGAUCUAUGAGCUGUUCCAGAAAGAGAGCAGGCGGCCGGUGAAGGAUUGCUUCCUGGCGGUGUUGUCGUCUCACGGCGAGGAGGGCUGCGUGUUCGGCGCUGACGGGGAACCCGUGAGACUGUCCCGGAUCUUCUCGUACUUCCAGAACGAGUGUAUGGAGUCCAAGGCCAAGCUGUUCCUCAUACAGGCGUGUCGGGGGAGCGCCCUGGAUGGCGGCGUGGAGGUCGAUUCAGCCGCUGACACCGCAGAGACCGGAUUCUUCUCUCAGCAGUCCGGCGUCCCCGAUGAUACGGCCGUGAUGUACGCCACGGCUCCAGGUUACGGGGCGUUCAUGCACCCGCUCGGCUCCGUCUUCCUGCAGACGUUCUGCACGUUACUGAAGGAGGAAGGGAACCGUGACCUGGAGCUGACCCGCCUCAUGACCCGCCUCUCCCACAGAGUGGCCUACACCUUCCAAGCCAAAGGUCGCGCUCACGGCGGGAAGAAAGAGAUGCCGUGCCUCCUGACCAAAAUGACCCGGGAAGUGUUCCCGUUCGCCGAGCCCAGGAAAGAAGAAGGCGGGGCCAAGACGGGGCUCUCUGCGACCUCACUGGUCCGCCCCGAGUACACCAGGAAACGGACUCCUUCGAUCAGUUAGACCCGGAGCGCCUCUGAGAUUAUCUGCAGGAAUGUAGAGCAGCUGACACGAGGACUCAGAAACCGGUCUCACCAUGUCUUUCUGCAGAAAAUCUCAGAAUGGCUUGGAGGAGAUUCUGCACAUACUGUACAUACCUCUGAUCUGAUGUUUCAGGUCUAAAUGUGAAAGCUUGAUGUGUUUGUGAACUAACAAUAUAUAAAUGUACAUACAUGUAACCUUUUCAUACGUUGAUUUAACAGCAGCAGAGAAUAAAGAUCAUUCAUGCUGA